UAUAUGUUUAGAUUGAAAAUAAGAAAUGUAUGAUUCAUUCCCUACAUUAUUACAUAUAUAUAUAUAUAUCAAUCACUAUUGCCGAUAGGCGAUGGUUGUAUAAGUUUGACUUAUUAUGUCAUCAGAUAACAGUUAAUUUCCUUAUUAAACUGGUGAAACUUAUCUUAGAAUAGUUUAAAUUAUUUCCUGAGCAUUAGAUUUUGCCUUUUUUUCCUUUUUGGCCUUGCAGACCUUCUGAGCAAGAGAAACAGCUUAGCCCUUUUUAACUAAAAGAAUUAGCAAACCAUAAUAAAGUAAUCAGAGUUGGUGACAAUGUGUUGCACGUUAAUUCACUUGCGUUAAAAAAUGAAGAAUCAUACGGUUUAAAACAUGAGAAUUUGGCAAAAUUUGACAUUUUUGUCCAUUAAUUAAUUCAAAAAUUAUUAGUAUUUUACAUCAUUUAGUAUUUAACAGUAACCCAUAAAGUAACAAGAGUAGGUGAAAAUGUGCUGCAGCCAUGAAUUUAUUUGACUUUAAAAACAAGAGUCGCAAACAAAAUCCGUGAACGUAUUAUAAAUUUAUAAUCAUGUGUAGAUAAAGAAUAAUAUAAAACGUGUAUUUUGCAAUCAUCAAAACCCCUUAUAAUUAGAAAACAAUGGUCAGAGAUUUAUUUAUUACAAAAUAAUUUUGAUAUUUUAUUGUUAGUUCGUUAAUUUGUCUUAGUCCAAUUAGCUGUCGUGUUAUUAACUAGCUUGACCUUAAUGAAUCUAAUAAUAAGGUUUGGACAGAAACCAAGUGGAUUUGACAUUUUGACCCAAAAAAAGAAGAAAGAAACCUAGUAAUCAGUCAUGUAAUACGGCCUUCAGGUCAGUAUUAAUUCCCACCACCACCACUAAAUUAAUUAAGUCUUAAAGUAACGAUAAAUAUUCUAAAACAAAAUGUGAUUUUUUUCUAAAAAAUUAUUACAGCUAUAAUACUCCCGAUGUUUCAUUUUAUGUGAUGUUUAAAGAGAAUGCAGACAAAUUAAAGUGUAAAUUUCUAUACAAUUUUUUUUGGUUAAAUAAAAAUAUCAUUAAAUAAAAUGGUUCAACCAAUUAAAAAAUCAGUAUUAUGUAAUUGGUUACAAAUUUCAAACAAUAUUAAACUUUCAUCUAUAAUAAUAAAAAAAUUACAAUAAAAGUAUUUUCUUUAACAUCAAGCAAACUGAAACAAAGAAACUAUAUUUUUUGAAAAUACACAAAAUAUUGUUUAUUGCAAUUUAUAUAUACAGAUGCACAAAAGGAUCAUUUAAUCUGAUAUACGAAACCGAAAAUCUAGUACUAUAAAUCGGCUAGAUGUAGUUUUAUUUUCUUAAAGUAUAUAUUAUCUAACUAAAGAGGUAUUUAAUAAAUGGCGAAAAUACAAAGUUGAUGGAGUGUUACCAAAAAAAAAAAAAAAUACAAAGUUGAUGGGAUCGUAUAUAUACUGAAGCCGAGCCGAGCCGAUAAGCUGCUUUGAAGACACAUGUUUUUCUUGGAACGAUCAGAGACUCUUUGCAUAUCUAGUGUGAUCAUGUGUACCCACAACCUCUGCUCUUUCUCCCGCUAUAUAUAUCGUCUCCCUCGUUUCUCUAUCCUCUGUGUAUCUCUCUCUAUAUCUUCUCUGAACCUGUAGCCGACGCAAACAAGAAUAAGCAAAAGGCAGUGAACAAAGAAGAUAAACUUCUUUAACUCGUUCAUUUGCUGUACUCUCGACUAUGAGGAUUGUACGUUCUUCGGAGAAGUUCUCGGCGGAGCUAAAGGAGUUCAUGUGCGCCGCUGUGCAGAGGAGGAGAGACGACGAUGGUUUCCGAGGCUCCAGAGGUGGUAAGUCAAGAAAUGCGAUGGAUCUUGAUUCCGACAACGGAAACAGAUUGGUUUGUGUUACCGGCGGUGUUUCUUACCUUGGUCGCGCCAUUGUCAAGCGUCUUCUUGUUCAUGGAUACUCCGUGAGAAUCGUUGUUGAUUGUCCAGAGGACAAAGAGAAAGUGAGUGAGAUGGAAGCUGAUGCUGAAACGGCGUCGUUUGGCAACAGGAUUACGUCAGUGGUAUCACGGUUAACAGAGACAGAGAGUUUGAUUAAAGCGUUCGACGGUUGUGAUGGCGUUUUCCACACCGCAGCAUUUGUCGAUCCAGCUGGGAUCUCUGGUUACUCGAAAUCAAUGGCGGAGUUAGAAGCAAAAGUGAGUGAAAAUGUAAUAGAAGCAUGUACAAGAACAGGGUCAGUGAGAAAAUGCGUCUUCACAUCAUCUCUCUUAGCAUGUGCUUUGAAAGACAAUUCCCUUAACGAUCUUGAUCACUCUAUUAUCAAUGAAGAAAGCUGGAGCGAUGAACAGCUCUGCGUCCAUAAUAAGCUUUGGUAUGCACUUGGAAAAUUGAAAGCCGAGAAAGCUGCUUGGAGAAUCGCAGAUUCAAAAGGAUUAAAGCUUGCCACUAUCUGUCCUGCUCUUAUCACUGGUCCUGACUUCUUCCAACUUAACUCCACUUCAACCUUGGCUUAUCUCAAAGGAGCAAAAGAUAUGUACCGCAACAGAUUAUUAGCUACAAUGGAUGUGAAUCGGUUGGCUAAAGUUCACGUCCGUUUAUGGGAAGGUUUGGGUAAUAAAACCGCCUUUGGUAGAUACAUUUGUUUCGAUACCAUUCUCUCAAAAGAUGGUGCGGAAAAGCUUGCUAAAGAUAUUGGUGCUCAAAUCGAAAAGAUUUGCGGUAGUAGCGACGAUUCUGAAGAAAACGCAGAAACUUCAUCUACUCCUCAAAUAUCAGACAAAAAGCUUUUAGAUCUUAUGUCAAGAACUCUACGAAGUUGCUAUCAUGAAAGUUAGCUAGAGCCUAGAGUCGACAAAAAACUAAAAGGAGCAGUUUGAGAUAAUGAUGUAAUGUUUGCUCUUAUUCUUUUCUUCUUUGCUAUGGCAUCAUGCUUUUAUUAUAUCCUCUAUAAUCAUUAUUACUAUACGAAUGUGGCUUUUGUGUGGAGGAGGUUGUUGUAAAGGGCGGUAGAGUUGGUAUUAGUUGAAAAUUAAUAUAUUGAUUUGCCAA